AAAUGAAUGAAAAAGACACUCUAAGUUUAUUACACACAAAAAGAGAAAGAAUGGCUCAAAUGCAUUCUUAACAAAGUAAAUUUUCAUUUGCUUAAUCUAGUACGUAAUAAGAUUUUCGAGGUGAAAAGAAAGUAAUUCGUAAGAUCAAAAGGUGUAUAAGAAAUAUCAAAAAUGUUAUAAGACUAUUAAUUUUUGAAUGAAGGAUUCAUUUCUUUAUUGAACUUGUUGGAAGAAGAUUAGGAUGAUAUUAAUUUUGCAUAUUUAUUAUACUAUUGGGGUAUCUUAGAUGAUUUGGUUGAAGUGUUACAUAAUUACAGGCAAUUAACAGAAUUAUAAUUAGUAUAUAUAUUAGAAGAUAUAAGAAUAGAUAGAUUUGACCAAAAUUAUUGCAUUCAUAGUUUAGAGUAAUGAUGCAAGUCAUUAUUUUAUUAAUACAAAGGCCCCUUAGAUAUUAGAAAUUUUAUUAGCAAAUCAUAAUAAUUUGUUAAUUAUUGAACAUGUAAUUAAUUUAAAUAUAUAAAGUGUAUUUUAAUAUUAGGUAAUCUUGAGAAAUAUGAAAUAAAUAAUUAUUUUUUGAAUACAGUAAUCCCAAGACUUAAAAAUUAUUUAUAUAACUUCAAACCUCUUCCAGUAUAAUGUUUGGUGAAUUUUAGUUGGAUGAUCAAGAAUCGUAAUUUGCCAUAAUAGGAUGAAAUUUAGAAAGAAUUAAUUUUACUAUAAAAUGAAGAAAUAUUAUUUGAAGCAAUAUAGUAUUUAGAUACUCUAAAUAUUGAUGCAAAUUUAAUGGGUUAUUUAAUCAUGAAUUUUGAUUUAAUAAAUGAUGUGUCAUAAGAUUAACCUAAAUAAUUACUCAAUUUGAUUUGUUAAAAUUUAAAUAAAGAAAAUGCAAUAAAAGAAAUUACAAAUUUACUUAAUAAAUGUAUGUAAAUGGGUAAACUCAUAAUACUUUAAUUUGCAUUUAAACUUGCUCAAAAUUACAUGAUUUAAUCUGGAUUACCUUAUUUUAAUGAAAUAGUUGAAAAGAAGGUUAUUUAAUUAUUAAUAAUAUUUAAUCAAGAUAUCACAAAACAUCAAGGACUCUUAAGAUCAAUGAUGUAAUAUUUAGAAACAUUUCACAUAAUGUAUCCAGAAAGUAGAUUCUCAGUAGAAUUUUACAAAAGAUUAUUAGACACAAUAUAGAUUAGUCAUUUAAGAUUAUUGUCUAUUGUGAUGACUAGAAAUUUAGAGUUCAUUAAAAAUAUAGCCAAUAUUGGAGUACACAAAAAGAGAUUGUAAGAACUUGCCAAUAAGAGUAAUGAAGCAAAAGAAUUAUUAAAAUAAAUAUAUUUGUGAU